CUAAUAUAUUGCUAAUAUGAUUAACAAUCACAUGACAAAUUCUCUGUGUCCCCUCUGUCUCACUCUCACGUUGGACUAACAGCAAAGAUCCUGAAAGACCUGAAGCAGCCCCCCACUAUAAUCAAACAGUCAGUGAAGGACUACAUUGUUGACCCCAGAGACAACAUCAUCAUCGAGUGUGAGGCCAAGGGCAACCCAGUGCCAAUGUUCUCAUGGCGAAGGAACGGGAAGUUUUUCAACAUCGGGAAAGAUCCCAGAGUGACGAUGCGAAAACGUUCGGGGACUCUGGAGAUCGGUUUCCGCAGCGGAGGACGACCAGAGGACUACGAGGGAGAGUAUCAGUGUUUCGCUGCCAACGACUUUGGAGUGGCUCUGUCCAAUAAGAUCCUGCUCCGGGUCUCAAAGGCUCCUCUGUGGCCUAAAGAGGUGCUGGAACCAGUGGUGGUAACUGAGGGCUCAACACUGAUUCUCCCCUGCAACCCCCCACCAGGCCUGCCUCCUCCCUUCACCUUCUGGAUGAACAGUGCUAUGAUUCCCAUCCCUCAGGAUAAGAGAGUGUCCAUGGGUCUGAACGGUGACCUCUACUUCUCCAACGUUUUGGCCAAAGAUGCUCACACCGACUACAGCUGCAACGCUCGCUUCCUCUUCACACACACCAUCCAGCAGAAGAACCCCUUCACACUCAGAGUUCAGACCAACGAGCCGUAUAAUGACACAUCUUACAAUGCCACUGACCCGUACGGUGGCCGUAAAGUAGUCGAAUCCAUGCCUACCUUCCUCUCACCUUUGGGAACAGAGAGCUCAAAAAUGGUGCUACGAGACGAACAACUGCUGCUGGAGUGCAUCGCUGCUGGACUUCCAACGCCCACUGUCAAAUGGUUUAAGAAGGGCGGGGACCUUCCAGCGCAGAAAGUGAAGUUUGAGAAGUUCAACAAAACCCUGAAGAUAAUCAACGUGUCCGAGGAGGAUGCCGGGGAGUAUGUCUGCAUGGCCAUCAAUCAACUAGGCAGCAUGCGACACUCCAUCUUUGUUCAGGUCAAAGCGGCUCCUUAUUGGCUAGACAAGCCCUCGAACGUGGUGCUGGCACCAGAUGAGAACGGACGCCUGGUGUGUCGCGCAAAUGGCAACCCCAAACCCAACAUCCAGUGGCUGAUCAACGGCCAGCCUAUAGAUAGUGCUCCUGCUAACCCGAGCAGACAGGUGCUUGGUGACACCAUCAUAUUUCGCUCGGUGCAGAUGGGCAGCAGCGCCGUCUACCAGUGCAACGCAUCCAACCAGCACGGCUACCUGCUGGCCAAUGCCUUGGUCAGCGUCCUCGACAUGCCUCCGAGGAUGCUAGGCCCUAAAAACCAACUCAUCAGGGUCAUUGAGAACAACCGCACCUUCCUGGACUGUCCCUUCUUUGGUUCUCCUCUGCCCGUCCUGCGAUGGUUUAAGAACGGACAGGGCAGCGGCCUGGAUGGGGGUCAGUACAGAGUUUACUUGAACGGCACUCUGGAGAUCAAACGGGCCAGGGCGGAGGACGAGGGGACGUACACCUGUGUGGCCAACAGCAUCCUGGGCAAGGCCGAAAACCAAGUCCGCGUGGAGGUCAAAGAAGCGACUCGUAUCGUUCGAGCGCCGGAGCAUCAGUCGGUCAUCAGAGGCACCACGGCUCGCUUUGACUGUAAGGUGAACUCUGACCCCAGCCUCUCUGUCACCGUGACCUGGAUGAAGGACGACAAGCCUCUCCACAUGGGAUGGAGGUUAAAGAAAGUCGAGGAGUCCCUGACCAUCCCCAAUGUGAACGAGGGCGAUGAGGGGAUGUACACCUGCACUGCUAAAUCUGAUAUAGACGAGGACUCAUCCUCAGCCCGUCUCACUGUGUUAGAGGAAGCCUCCCUCAACCCCUCAGUCUCUAGUGCCUUGCCUCCAGACCGUCCAGACCCUCCCAUGGAUCUGGAUCUAUCAGACCCAGCAGCACGCAGCGUUCGACUCACCUGGAUCCCUGGAAAUGACCACAGGAGCCCGGUCACACAGUUCCUGGUCCAGUUUGAGGAGGGUCACUGGGACCCGGGCCGGUGGCAGAACUUGUCAUCUUACCCCGGAGACCUCAACUCGGUCAUCCUGCAGCUCUCCCCAUUUGUCAACUAUCAGUUCAGAGUCAUCGCCAUCAACUCUGUGGGCCAGAGCGAGCCCAGCCGGCCCUCGCCUCGAUACCAGACCAGUGGAGCGGCCCCAGAUGCCAUUCCCAGAGGCCUGCGAGGGUGGGGCUCCAAAAAGGACAACAUGGAGAUCACUUGGGAGCCUCUGCUUGAUCUGGAGAGGAACGGCCCAAACCUGCACUACAACGUGUGGUGGAAAAGGAAAGAUGCAGGGGAGUGGAGUAAUGUGACCACGGUGGAGGCCAAACAUGUCAUUGAAAACACAGAGACCUACGUGCCUUAUGAGAUCAAAAUCCAGAGCAGGAAUGACUUUGGACCUGGACCUCAGUCCAAUGUGGUCACCGGAUACUCUGGGGAGGACAAGCCCACAGACGCUCCCACUGAGCUGCGAGUUACCAGGGUGGACAGCACCAAGGCCAACGUCCACUGGAAGUCUGUGGACAUGAACUCCGUCCUGGGAGAGUUCAAAGAGUACAGACUGUAUUACUGGCGUGAGUCCAGUCUGGUUCCUGGUCUGGUGGUCAGCAAGGAGAAGAAGACCAAAGGUUUUUACAGCACUGUAGAAGAGCCGUCCGGGAUCCUCAGCGACCUGGUGCCCUUCUCUCAGUACAAAAUGUUCAUGGUUGUGGCUAACAGCCGGUUUGAGAGUCCACCCAGCAACACGGUGGAGUUCACCACCAAGGAGGGAGUGCCGGAUGCUCCAAAGUUCUUCAGGAUUAACCGCAGGAGUUUUGACACCAUCCACCUGGAGUGGGACAAACCUCUGGAGCCCAACGGCAUUCUGAUUGGAUACCAGCUCAAAUACCAAACAGUGAACGGCUCCAGGUUAGGUCGUCACCACCUGGAGACGUUUUUUCCUAACAAGACAACAUUCAGCCUCCGCCUGCCGGACAGAUCUACUCGCUACAGGUUCUACCUGUCGGCGCUCACACAGGUGGGAUCAGGCGAGGUCUUUGCAGAGGAGUCUCCUCACUUCGCCAAUGAAGUCGAGCUUACCGACGCCUCCUUGGGUUCGGAGUUCACCCCUACUCCUCCUCCCGCUCCACAUCCUCCUACUACCAUCGCUCCUACAACCAUUAGCACCUCAGCUUCUACGACUACGACUACUCCUCCUCCUACCACCACCACCAUCACUACUACUACGACUGUGGCGCCCACGACCACCACACCUCCCGUGCCGGUCACCACCAAACGUGACAAGACGGUGAAAGUUAUACUGGUGAAAGAACAGCCUCCGGUAAGAGUGCCGGAUCUGAUCGCAGGCUCCAAGUACCAUCUGAGGGUUUACUCCCAUGAGCUCAGCAGCAUCACCAGCAAAUCUGUCACCUUUAAGACCAAACCAGCGUACAUAGACCAGGUCGACAUCGCCACUCAAGGCUGGUUCAUUGGCUUAAUGUGUGCCAUCGCCCUCAUCAUUCUGAUCCUCCUCAUCGUCUGCUUCAUCAAGAGGAGUCGUGGAGGAAAAUAUCCAGUCCGUGACAAAAAAGAUCUCCCCUUGGAUCCAGUGGAUCAGAAAGACCAGGAUGGAUCAUUUGAUUACCACAGCGACGAGGACAACAAGCCUCUGCAGGGCAGCCAGACAUCGCUGGAUGGCAACGUGAAGGAAAGCGACGACAGUCUGGUGGACUACGGCGAAGGUGGAGAUGGCCAGUUCAACGAGGACGGGUCUUUCAUCGGCCAGUACACGGUGAAGAAAGACAAAGACGAGACGGAGGGCAACGAGAGCUCCGAGGCCACCUCGCCCGUCAACGCCAUCUAUUCAUUGGCGUAGCGCUGUAGCAGCACACGGGGGACUCGAUGACACCUGCUACGACAAACCUUGACACCACACACCUGACACAAACACACACACACACGAAUAUAUUAAUAUAUGAAACACAUGUAACACAGAAUAGACGCAGCAGGACCUGUCUGGAGACUGUCGGCUUCCUCUGCUUAUAAAGAUACAGGGGAAUAGAAGAGUGGAGUUAGACCACAAGCCUUUAUUUUAAGUUUCCAGCUCGAAGAAAUUGGCUCCUUGGAGGUGACGUUUGGACAAAGUGGACAGUGCUGGUUGUCCUCUGUGCUCUGUCUGCCCUUUACCCACACAGACUUGCAGUGUGCCUUCUGGGCAGCUUUCAGCACUUGGAGGCCUCGACAAGCGUCCUUUAGAGAUUUUCGUUUCUGCUCCAAACAUCUUCAGCUUCUGUGCUCUCCUUCCUGAUGCACCCCUCAAACCUCUGUGUAGCAUCCCGGUUACGUAGGCACAUGAGGUCCCCUACACACUCACACUGUCCCCGUCCUGUAACAUAUCAGCUUCUAAUCAUCAAACUCCACAGGAUGCCGGCAGAUAUGUUUAUCAUAUUGAUAUUUACGCAGUGAAAGAUUUUAGUUUUUCCAUAGCUGGUAGACGAGUCAUUGAAUCUUAAUGAGUGCUGUAUUCAGUCCUGGCACACAUUUUUAGUGCCAAGCAAAACUAUGCACUAUCACCUCCUCAACAUCCGUCUUUGGUUUGAAUCUGGUUAGUAAAAGUACACAUGGGUUUGUUUUUUAACACCUGCAGGCUAAAUCACAUGCUUUUAUUCACUUUGCCUUGUACAAUGUUUUUCUUACCUCUAAUCAAAUGUUGUAGUGCAGAUGUUCAAAGCGGCCGCAACCAGAAGAGCUAUUUCUACCACGAGCAGCAACCGCUUCUCCGGUGGGCUGCUGAUGAAUCCCAUGAAUUAAAAGAUAUGUAAUAUUUUGGAGCAUGAUAGCAGCUUAGAGCAAGAAAAGAGGGGAGGCAAAAGAGAGGGAGGGUAGUUUUGUUUGAGGAACAACAGUAGACUACAACCUACUGACUUCCCUAGUUAGCAUGCAGGCUAAUGCUGCAUUCAUGUCCAGAGGGAACACGUUGGCUGAUGGAGCUGUGAAGCUUCUACAAUGUUUUUAUUUUGCAGCUGAAUUUGGUUUUUGGAUUGUUAGACAUGUGAAUAAGUCAGCAACACUUUUGAGAGUAUGAUCCACACAAAACCAAACACUGCAAACCAAUCAGACAGUGUGAUCACAAAAAAUGCUAUGAUCAGAGGAGAGAAACGGGAGAAUACUCCUCUGCUGCUCAAACAUGUUUUCUUUUAAUUUGGCACCAGAGAAGUUUACACAAACUAUCCCGUGAGUUUUUGCUGCAUGUGUGUGUUGAGAGUUUGGUUUGAAGCUGUUAGCUAACACCUGCUCUCUCCUGAAGGACAUGAAUGUAGCAUAAGAGGCUGAUCCUCAGUGUGUGUUCAGACUAAAACUUUGCCUUGCAUAUAACUUUUGUUAAAUUUCUGUUUAUUUGCAGCAUAAAUAUAGAGACUAUAUUUAAAAUCCUCCCAAACAGAAACCAUUAAGCCUUCAUAUAUGUAUUUAUGUUCAAACUAUACAUGCUCUCAUUGGAGUCCUGGUAAAUUAUGCAGCUUUAAAAAGGGAGAAAUAAUGCUUUGAGAGCUCCCUUUGGCAAGGAGAGAACACUUUGAAUAACUGACAGUUCAGUUUUUAAAUGUGAUAUCCUGCAGAUUUUGAAUUUAAAAAAUGAGUUAGUAAAUAAUAUAAGAGCUAAAAUCAAGUAUAAAGUAAACAUCAGUGUAGGGAAUUUAGGGAUACAGUUUCUAAAAUUUGGACAUUUUGAUAUUUUAUGGAUUUUGUUGUUACUCUGGACAUCCAGCUUUAAAGUAGGACAAUCCUGAACAUCCUGGGAAGCUUCUUUAAAGUGUCGAAAGUGUGUCCACAGAUUGUAAACCUGUAGGGAGAGAGUUCCCACAUGUAGGAGCUAUGACCUCAUAUGCACCGUCUCCUGUGGUCUGAAGCCUGGAGUCCAGCAAGGAUUCUAAGGCUGUAGUACUUUUGUGAUGCAGGAUGGUGUCCGCCCAUGCAGAGCUUUAAAACUGGAUUUAUUGGAAGCCAUGGUAGAGAAACAGCUUAAUGUAGUCUUUAGGAGGGCUAACAACUUUUCAUCUUUCUCCUUAGUUUUUUGUUUUAAUGUAAAAAUGAAGGCGCAAACAUUUUACCAAGGCUGAAAAGUCUUUUUAAAAUCAUUGCAAUUAUUUUUUACUUUAUAUGCAACGGCACCUCUCUAGAAUGUUCUAUUCAGCCUGAACACACACCCAGGGAUCUCCUCUUUCCCUCCCUUUAGUUUUCUUAACUCAGUCAAAUUUGAAAAAAGACAGCAUUGAAUUCACGUAGAAAACUUGAAUCAAAUGUUUUGAAAGAUUCACAGCAUGAGAAUAUAAACAUUAUAAUCACAGCCACCUUGAAAUGCAAGCUUAUCAGCUUACCUUUUAGUUUUUGCAGAAGAAUGAAAGAAUAGUUCGAGUAAAGACGUUUUUAGAAGUUCAUACGUUCAGUAUUUCACUCGUCCAACAUUCACACUAUCAUAUGUUCAUUCUGUUAGCAGACUGACGGACUGACAGUCGUGGUUUGAUUGAUUUGUUUUAUUUAUACGUAAAGUUUCCCGAGUGCUCAUUGGUUUGAUCUCAUUGUUUUGGCACUCAAACUGUUACAGCACUAUCAAACCCUGAAUCAAAAUAGAUUUUUACUGCAGUUAGCGACUGGAGUUCACAUUGUAUUUUAAAUAUUUAUUUUAUAUUUCUAUUUAUGACAUAAUGUGGAUAGUAUUAAUAUAUUAGUCCUUAAUUUAAUAAUUGUUAUAUACACCUUUUUGACCAACUUCUUCUGUUGAUUCUCACAGAAAUAGCCAAAUCAAAGAUGUCUCCAGAGUCUGUUGUUGCUCGUCCUGAAGCAUCAAACUCUUUGUUUGUUUAAGAUAUUUUUGUAGCAGCUGGCUUUUCUGCUGUAAACAAAACAACAGAAGAAUGAAACCUUCACCGUCCAUUUACAAGAUGAUGUUUAUCUGUUCAUUGUGCUGCUCUUCUCGUACUCAUGAUGUAUUACCGUUAAUCUGUGUUGUUUUUCAGAUUUAUGUAACAGAACUUUUCCACCACUCAAAAAAUUAAUAUUGUUGAUUAUGAUUUAUUUGACUCAUGUUCUGUACGUGUGCGUCCACAAGAAAAUCUCUUAUCUUUGUAAAUAUUUAAAAGUUGAUUCCCCCAAAAAUGCUUUAUUUGAAAAGGGAAGACAAAGUCCCACUCGUGUCCACACAGCAGUGCGACAGGUGCAUCUUUAACUCUGUCUGCACCUUUGUAAUGUAGCUUUGACUAACAUUUGCACUCUGAAAAAGUUACAAGAAUCAUCCCUCACUCUGUGUCGCCCUUAGCUUUGACUUUGUUGAAUAUGGUACUGACUAUGGCACGUCUAUUGGUCACUUGUUUGAUGAUGGUUUGGAUUCUAUAUUGUGAAAAAGGAAUACGUGAGAUUCUUUAUGAUGUAAAUAAGAUGUAAGUGCUCCUGCAGGUGUAGCAUUGUCGCACUCAAGCUGCUAGUUGGCCUAAAAAACAUGCAUUUUCUGAGAUAUCUGAACAAAUGUCCCUCCUUCAAAGAGUCAUCUCUUUAAGACUGCAUACACUCCUUCCCAUAAUGCCUUUCACCUGACAUGCCUGCUGUGCUGUGGCAUUUCAGGGGUCAUCUUGGAAAAAUCUUGGAGGAACGAAGGCCAAAGGGUCAACUUGACUUGAAGUGCAUCAUCUGCACAUGGUCCUUAGUGUCUGUCUGCAGCCCUGAGACUGUAUGUUAGAAGUUGACGUGGCCACUAUGACAGCCUUUUGAAAUCAUCAAGUUUACCUGCUGCAGUCUCGGUUGUUCUGGAGCUAGUAGAUAACCAUACCUCAAAGCACAUUCUGCUUUACUCAAAAUGAAUCAAUGAAGAAGACUGGAAACUGAGACCAUAAGGUCAUUAGAAAAUGUUUAGAGGAAGCAAAUAAAACUUAGACUGUUUCAAACAUAAACACAGCCUCAGUGACGUCACCUAUUGAUUACUGAAGUGGCGUUAUGAAGCCCAAAGGUGGAGGUCCCAAAGUUAGAAAUACUGACUUUUGAUCAAUCUAGAAACUGGCAAGAGGUUGAGAUGAGGUGGCGAUUUAGCCCCCUAACCACAUCCCAAAUUAUACAGAAUUCUUAACCUUUUAGCCCCAUGCAAUUUUUACAAAUAAUAAAUAAGCUAUCAGACCAAACCUGUUUUGUAACCAGGCUGUAAAAAUGUUUAAAUCUGCUUCAAAAACGAACAAUUUAACAUUAGACCUAAUGGGGUUCUCUUGGCUUUGGAGCCAGCUUCUAGUGGACACUGCAGGAACUGCAGGUUUUUGCACAUUGGCAUUGGUACAAUUUUACAACACUUGAGGUUGCUUCUUGGAACCAAAACAAAUGAAAAGUUUAGUGAUGUUCUGAUUUGGUUCAAUGUGACUUUUGUUUGCAGUUUCCCCCUGCUGGCCAUUAGAAAGAAUGCGCUCAUUCUUCCUUCACUUUUGAAAGUCUAGGUCAACUUUUAAUACACAGUUCAUGGUGCAGUACAAAGUGUAUUCACACGCUGACUUCAUGUGAUGUUAUAUCUACACUCACCAUAUCUGUUUUGUGUUAUUUAGACCCUUGAUACUGAAUUCAGGCACUUCAGUACAUCCAAAAACCAACCAGAGAGUUACCCUAAACUACUGAAGCUUUAUUUGAAAGACCUAAUCUUUAACUGAGAGCUCCCAUUACCUGACUUUCAUAAACCCAGGGAAGCUUGGUUCUCUGUUUUCCUUCUUCACUUUUGUGUCAUUUCAAAGCCCAUCAUGUAAGUAAGACGUUUACAUGAGCCACUGUUUGCAGUGGGUAGUCCUUAAAUUGGAGUGGGUUCCAAUGUGUUUAAUAAAAGUACCAAACUUGGGUAACAUCACCUUUAAGCAUGGUAGAUGACAGACAAACUGCAGUGGGUAUGAAGCAGAUAUAUUUAUCCUUGUUUGUAUCCCACAUUGGCUUUACAUUAGGCUCUUAAAUAAUGGUUUAAUUUUAAGGGGACAUUGGUCACCUGAAUGCACAAUUAGGCAAAGAGUGGCUGCAGAUCUUGUCUCAUUUGGAAGAAUGACUAAUGCAGGUUUUAGUGAGACCCCUGGAAUGGACUUCUAACACAGCAUGUAUGGGUAAAAUGCAGCUCCAUGACUCAAAGAUUAUUCUCCAAAUCCAAACCUCUCUGCCUCCGAUCCCUCCUCCAGAUACUCAUGUUCCCUCAUGUCCUUCUGCAAAAAACUCAAAGCAAUAGCCUCUGAGUUUUAACCAGCUGGGUGUUUCCUCUGACGCUGUUGUUUUACCGUGUGUUCACUCUAACUUUGCACCGAGCACAGUCACCUCAACAAACCGAAGAACAGUGCUGAAACAGAAGAAAGCAGGAGAAGACAUCCACUGAUAGAUCACACACUGGAUUGGGAUGUAGGCCUGGACUUUCUCAUAGGACUCACUGGAGGUUUUUCUUCAUGAUCCCGUCUGGAAACCUGCACCCUGCUCUUCCCACAUGGCCUUUCUCUUUUCCCUCUGAGUGGAUCACAGCGGGGGAAUAUUGUAAACUGGCUAUAUAACAAAGAAAAGAGAAUUAUGCAUACUUGCUGAUACUCAGUGCUUUUUUUCUCUCAUCCUUUUGUUUGUGCACGAAAAUUUGAGGUGCACACGGAUCUGACUGUCUCUUUUUACUGUCUGCAUCACCUCAGCUCACCUUUCAUGGAGGAAAAGAAAAUGUCAAUGUGCAGAUUUACAGCUUUGUGCGUCUCUCAGUUCAAAAUGCUGCAAUGUCUAGAAUCUUACCGGUGCACACACGAGGUUUGCGACUGGAUUUUUUAAAUGAUUGGUCACAUGCUGUUUGGCUUUUUGUAUGACUUCUCAUAUUAGCAUCUUCUUGUUUUUACCAUGUGUAUCAGAGCAGCUCGUCAAAGUCUCGCUUCGACACGCAAAAUAACAGCUUUUGUAAGGUACAUACUCAACAGAAAAUGGCAUAAAUAUAUUCACCAUGUAUGCGUGUAUGAUGAGAUGUUGCAACUUCUGCUAGCGACGCCUUCUUUAUAGUAAAGCUAUCUCCUUUUCUCUA